ACUAAGCCUCCCUGAGGAAAUUGUCUUGUUGGGUUCCAAAAUUAUACCAUCUUCUGCUUCUGCCUCCCAUAUACGUUAGCAGGAUCUCUUUACUUUGAGUUAAACUUGAGAUGCAGUGUUAGGCAAAUUGGAGAAGAAACAAGGCUAGCUGUAGCAGCAUAUUUCAAGUUAGUAUUAAUGCUCUCUUUCUUGUUCAAUGAUAAGUAAGCUGUCGUUUAAAAGCUUGUUUUGCAAAGACUAAUUGUUUAUUCACCAACGGCUUUGUAGCUCUAGUUAAACAUGCGAGAGAUUAGCUGUUCAAAGUACGUAGUUAGAGCAUCUCUUCUUUGUCAAAUGAUUCUGUUUUUGUGAGCAAUUUAAUGCUAUUGAUCAUGACGAGGAGAAAGGCACUCCAGGUAAUUCCUCCAAGUAUGAGGGAAUUGUGGAGCAAAUGGCAACUACGAGUAGUGGUUCUAGCUAGUCUCAUCCUUCAAAUAGUGCUAAUAAUUUUUGGCAAUCGUAGAAAAUACAUUUCCAGAAGUUGGAUUAGAUUUGCUGUUUGGUCUGCCUACCUAGCAGCAGAUACUGUUGCUACCAUGGCUCUUGGUGUAAUCUCAAGUAACUUGGGAGAAAUCUAUGAUGAUGAUGGUUCUAUAGACCCAAAUGUUGAGCUGAAUGCGUUUUGGACACCGUUUCUGCUGCUACACUUGGGUGGCCCUGACACCAUUACUGCAUAUUCCUUAGAAGACAAUGAGUUAUGGUCUAGGCAUCUCCUUGGACUAGUUAUGCAAGCAAUUGGCACCAUUUACAUUAUUCUGAUGGCCUGGACUGGCUCUCGUCUUUCUGUACUAUUCAUUCUGAUGACUAUUGCUGGCCUUAUCAAGUUCGGAGAGAGGACAUGGGUCCUCCGAUCUGCUAGCAAUGACCAGCUUAGAGACUCCAUGAGGAUUACUCGUUCUGAUCAAGGUCCUGGAAACUCCAAUCUAGAUGAGGAAUACAAGUUGAAGGAUGCUGAAGGAUACAAUGUGAUACCCAGCAAAGUGAUUGAGGUUCAGCUUCCUGUAGAUUCUGCUGUUUUUGAAGGAAAUUCCAUCUCCAAUGACCAUGAAUUAUUGCUUGUAGCGUAUGGUUUAUUUCAUACAUUUAAGGGUCUUUUUGCCGACGUCAUACUUGGAUCUCGAGAUCGAGAUACCAGCCAGACUAUUUUCAGGAGCAUUUCUUAUGACAAUGCUUAUAAACUAAUUGAAAUGGAAUGUGGAUUCAUGUAUGAUUUGCUUUACACCAAGGCAAUGUUGGUCUACAAUCCAUGGGGUCUUGGCCUGCGCUUUAUCAGCUUCUUACUUACAUGCUUUGUUUUGGUACUCUUCUCUUUGACUUCUGAGAAGCAAGACUACUCAAAGGUUGAUCUUUCUUUAACUUUCAUUCUACUAGCUGUAGCAAUUUUUCUAGAGAUAUACGCAAUACUAGCACUGCUUUCCUCAGACUGGACAAUUGUUUGGCUGAGUACAAAUAAUAAAACAUCUGCCUUGAAAGUAAUCACUUCUCUCUCGCUGUUGCAAAAUCCACGGUGGUCGAAUUCCAUGGCCCAGUACAGCUUGCUAAGCUUUACCCUUAAAGAAAAACCUGCGGGUUGUGUUGGAAUCUUAAGGCGCUUCAGCAUUAUUGAACAGCUAGAACAGCAAAGAUAUUUAACUAAUGUGGAAGUCACUGGUAGUUUAAAAGAAUGGAUCUUUAAUCAUUUCAAGAAGAAGCUUAACAAAAUUCAACAGGAAACAGAGUUGGGUUCAUAUAAUCUUGGAGCCUUGAACACUGCAAGAGGAAACCUUGUAUUACAGAAGUAUAGUCAUAGUGGACUGAAUUGGAGCAUUGAGGUAGAGUUUGACAAAAGCAUUCUCAUAUGGCAUAUUGCUACGGAAAUAUGCUGCAAAUUAGAAGAUUCUACAGAUGAUAUCAUUCUAUCAAAGCAUCAUAUCAGCAAACUCUUGUCAGAGUAUAUGCUUUAUCUUCUAGUCAUGAAUCCUUCAAUGUUUCCAGUAGGGAUGGGUCAGUUUGUCUUUGAAGACACUUGUGCAGAAGCUGUGAGAUUUUUUAGCACAGCAGGUAAACUUGAUGUUCAUAGGAACUUGCUUCUGCAAUACAACACUGGAGUCCAACAGCCUGGGGAAAGGUACAGAUCAAAGAAAUCAGUUCUAUCCGAUGCAUGCAGGCUUGCGCAACAAUUGGUAGAUAUUUCAGAUAAGGAACAGAAAUGGAGCCUUGUUGCUGAUGUUUGGGUGGAAAUGCUAGCUUAUGUUGCAUAUCAGAGUAAUGGAAGACAGCAUUCUGAUCAACUAAGUGGAGGGGGAGAGUUUCUAACCCAUGUAUGGCUUUUAAUGGCACAUUUUGGCUUAACAGAACACUUCCAGAUACCACAACGCCGCGAAGUAGCAAGACUGAUUGUCAGAUAGUCAGUCUACCAAGUCAAAAGAAACUCUCUCAGCCUCUCUAUCACUCCCUAUUCUCUUCCAUCCAUCAGUUAUAGAACUUCUUCUAUGUGUGAUAUACAUGUGUUAAGUUAUCCUAAUUGACUUGAAUUUUUAGUGUAAUAGUUAGGGUAUAUAAGCAUGUGACUCUCCAGGACUUGGUGAAUAUCCUGCUUGUUAGAACUAUAGUUCAGCUGGAUUCAGCAAUGGGGCUGUACUCAAAGGGAUCGUCAUUUUCUUCUUUCUGUACUAAAUCCUAGCCUCCUAGCAUGUUGUGUAAUUGAUUUGACUGGUGUAAAAUUUCUUUAUCCAUCU